ACUUGUAUUGUAUGGACCUACAGAGCGAAAAUAUUCUUCUAAAUGUCUUCAUUUGUUUUUAGCUGAAGAAAGAAAUUCAUACACAUCUGAUGGCACACGUACAUCACCCAGACGUCUAUUUGAUGUGUGUGUUUACAUCUGGAAGACGUAUUUUUUAGGUUGUUUGCUCAUCUGCAAUACGUCUAUAAGAUGUUGACUCUCAGAUGUCAAUAAGACAUUCAGCAGAUGUCUUUUGAGACGUUUUUGAUUAAGAAUGUUUGUAAAUCUGAUCUUAAGAUGUUUAGCAGAUGUUUAUUAUAUUGUGAAGCUUUUCAGAUGAAAAGAUCUAAAACAGACAUCUCGGAGAUGUACGUGUGCUAUCUGGGUGAAUAAAUGAUAAGAGAAUUUUCAUUUUUGGGUGAACUAUUCCUUUAAAUAUUAAACCCAUCUUAUUCAGAGUAAAACCAUGUUUGAUUUUUGACGAAAGAAAACGAGGCUGUGAGGGACUAGAGUCUCUUCAAUUACAUGCACUGUGUAAAGCUCAGGUCACAUCUAAUUUGCAUAACUUGUGUUUUCUGGAUUUCUUUUUUUUUUUUUUUUUUUUUUUUUGUCUUAAAAAGUAUUUUUUUCUUCAAUGUUUUGUCAGCUGAACGAUCUACAUCACUGAACAACAGUAGCCUGCAACCGUCCCUCACAGCCUCGUUUUCAUUCCCGACAAAAAUUCACUGAAUGAGGUCUGUUUGCAUGUUUGUUUAUAAGGGCUGAAGGGGCACAUAUAGCUCCUCCUUUGUCAGAUGGGCGGGCAGAAUUGGAGACGUUGCCCUGUGCUUGUUUCACCUGACUGGAGACGGAAAUGUCAUGACAGGUUGAUUAUAUUCCAAGCGCGAGAUCGAUAAAUACUAUUAACGAUUAAUCAACUCUUUGCAGCAACACUUUGAGGAUAAUUGUUUACGUUUGUAUUCAGCUCUGAGGAAGUUGAGGCAUUAGUAUGCCAGGUUUAGAUUAUAAGUUUCUGGAGCGACUGAGGAGGAGGUUUCUUUGCCUUCUGUGUAACAAGCCGAUGAGGGAACCGGUGCAGGUGUCCACCUGCGGUCAUAGAUUCUGUGACACCUGUCUGCAGGAGUAUCUCAGUGAAGGAGUGUUCAAGUGCCCAGAGGACCAGCUGCCACUGGAUUAUGCCAAAAUUUUUCCAGAUGUGGAGCUGGAACAGCUGAUUCUUGCUCUGCCCAUCCGCUGCAUCCACAGUGAAGAAGGCUGCCGAUGGACUGCACAGAACAAGCUGCUUCAGGCCCAUUUGUCAGUGUGUGAGUUUAAUGUGGUGUCGUGUCCGAACCGCUGCUCUGAGAAGUUGUUGCGCAGAGAACUACCUGAGCACCUUCAGCAUGAUUGUGUUAAGAGGAAGCUCCACUGUGACCACUGUGGUGAAGAGUUUACUGGGGAGGCAUAUGAGAGUCACCAGGGUGUUUGUCCAGAGGAAAGUGUGUACUGUGAGAAUAAGUGCGGUGCUCGUAUGGUGCGUAGACUGUUGACCCAGCAUUCUGUUUCUGUAUGCACCAAGCGGAAACUGCCCUGCAGAUACUGCAGGAAAGAGUUCCUCUAUGACACUAUUCAGCAUCAUCAGCAACAGUGUCCACGCUUUCCUGUGCAGUGUCAUAACAGGUGCGGCACACCUGGAAUCACCCGAGAUAAUUUAAUGGCUCAUAUAAAGGAAGGGUGCAGCACUGCGAUGGUGCUUUGCCCAUUCAAGGAGGCGGGUUGCAAACAUAGGUGCCCUAAGACUGCAGUGGCACGGCACCUUGAGGAGGCCACACACUCCCACCUCUCUCUGCUGUGUGGUCUGGUGAACCGCCAGAGACUGGAGCUCAGGGAACUCUGGCGUGGGGUGGAAGAACUCUCUGGAAGCCGAGAUGGCACGCUGCUGUGGAAGCUAACCGACUACAGCCAACGACUGCUGGAGGCCAAGAGCAGAACCAAUGGAAGUUUGGAACUGUUUAGUCCCCCUUUCUAUUCCCAUAACUACGGUUACCGUCUGCAAGUGUCUGCCUUCCCCAAUGGAAACGGCAGUGGCGAGGGCUCACACCUGUCAGUCUAUAUUCGUAUUCUACCGGGAGAGUAUGAUGGGCUGCUGGAGUGGCCUUUCCCUUACCGUGUUACAUUCUCGCUUCUGGAUCAGAGCAACCCAGCACUCACCAAACCACUGCAUGUCACAGAGAGCUUCAGCCCAGAUCCCACCUGGAAAAACUUCCAGAGGCCACGGCCUGGAGCUCUGGGAAGUGUUCGUGGGGGUUGUCUAGAUGAGAGCACAUUGGGGUUUGGCUACCCGAAGUUCAUCUCCCAUGAGGAGAUGAAAAAAAGGAACUAUAUCAGAGACAAUGCUAUCUUCAUUAAAGCCUCUAUAGAUGUGGUCCAAAAGAUAAUAAACUGAACUGAGGUGCUGGCAGUUCUGGAAAGGGCCUGAUUCUCAUUAGCGCCAUCUUUAAUUUUUGAUAGAAAUGACAACAAGCACAGGUGUCAUUUAUGGGUGGAACAUGUCCCUACCACUUUUUGCCUAGGCCAAUUUUGUCCCUACCACUUUUUAAAAUAGCUUUCAUUAAGUAAGUGUCUAACAGAGGAAACAUCUCCAGUUCUUGAACAGGAGUUUCCAUUUCAUUUGUAUGUGUUAUAAUAAGUGGCAAUCCAGCACUGGAGGUUUUCUUUACAUUAUAAUGAAUGCUUGUUGCGGCUGUUAUCAGUGGUGUUCUUUCCAGUUAAAUCGCAAAGCAAAAUGCAAACAAACGUGAUCCAUGUAUCCACUGACUAACAAAAUCCCAGUACUGAUGGUGUUAGAUGUGCGGAUCAAGUUAUCAAAUUAAUAUAUGUGAAUUGGUCAUCGAGAAUCAGUAUUUAUCAAUUUGUGAUUUCACAACCCCAACUAUCCCCAUCUUUUUUUACAACAAAGUGACACCCAUGAUAACAAGCCUGUGAGGUAUAGACUUGCAGUCUCUUCAAUGGGUUGUACUGUUGUUUAAAGUGUUUUGGAUCGUUCUGCUGACGAAACAUUGAAAAAACAUCUUUCAGAAACAUAAAAAAAAAAACACAAAAAAAACCCAGAAGCUUUAUACAGUGAGUCCCACUGAAAAGACUGUAAAGUAAGUCUAUCCCUCACAGCCUUGUUUUCAUUCACAUCAAUAAUCAAAUAUGGCGCUACUGUGAAGAAGGUCUAAAAUCCUUAAUGUUAAUGAAUGUGAAUAUAUAUCUCUAAAUGCCCUUUUUGUUUUUACUCUAAAUGAGUAUUAAAAUGCUUGCAUCAUCUUAUUAUGUUUAAAUAUAUUCAGGGCACUUUACCACAGAUGAAGGAUAUUUAGGUACUGAAUGAUAACGUCUUUAACAAAUUUUCUCUGUAAUUCAAUUGUUUUUGAAUAAGUAAAACAUUU